UCCAUUGAAGAUUUUUGAGGUAUGCAGAGUCCGUCCAAUGCCGCCGGCCUCAUCUGCGCCCAGCUCACUUCCUCUCACCGUUUUCGAUCUUUUCUGGUUGAGAUUUUCUCCAAGCCAACGCUUGUUCUUCUACGAAUUACCCCCUCAUCUGGGCACGACCGCCGCUUUCUCCCAGACUGUUCUUCCAAAAUUGAGGCAAUCCCUCUCUCUUACCCCCCAGACCUGGACUCUUCUCGCCAGAAAUUUGGCUUGGCCUCAGAGUUCCGACAAACCGCUAAUCCAAUACUCCGAGGGCGAUGCUCUCUCGCUUACCGUAGCCGAGUCCGGAGCCGAUUUCCACCAUCUCUCCGACAAAUCCAGCUUCCGUGAAGCGACAGAGUACCGUUCUCAUCUACCAGAUCUUCCAUCUUCUCACGCGAGAGUUCCAGUUCUGGCUUUGCAAGUCACUCGGUUCCCGAACUCGGUGUUUUCCGUUGGUCACAGUGCGCACCACGCUGUGGUGGGCGGGAAGACCCUAACCGCGUUCAUGACGGCAUGGGCUUCGAUUUGUUCGUCUUCUAAUUCCAUGGCGGAUCAGCCACUCUACGGCCGGGCCUUUCUCUCUGACGAUCAAGAAAGAGCUAUGCUAAGCCUCCAUGGAAUGCGAGGAGGUGAGAAAGCUCAGCUUAUGUUCGCUGCGGAUUGCAGGGCUCGAUUAGACCCUCCUGAGCCUUCAACAUAUUUCGGGAACUCCGUUGUGGGUUGCUGUGCAACCGCAGAUGUGGAUGGCCUGCUGGGAGAAGAUGGAGUGGCCAUGGCAGCCAAAGUAAUCGGUGAAGCCAUAGAUGAUCUGAAACAUGCAGAUCUGAAAGCAGCCCAAGAUCUUAUAUUUGGUAGAGCAUCAACUCCGACAUCACUAGAUAACGUUUUCACCAUUGCAGGGUCACCUCGGUUUGAGUUCUACAAGGUCGAUUUUGGGUGGGGGAGACCGAGGAAAGUGGAGGUGAUAUCCAUUGACAGAACUGGAGUUUCUCUCUUUCAGAUUCCGGGGAUGGCACAGCCAUUGUUGAGAUUGGAUUCGCUCCGAAAAAAGACAAAGUUGCAGAUUUUGCUUCUUUGUUUGCUAGUGGCCUUGAAGCUUUUGCAAGGCCAUAGAAGUUGCAUUACUAUCUAA